GAAGAACUGGUAAGAGAUGGAGGAUAAAACACAUAUAAUGGGGGGACAUACUGAGGGGUCUCCUUUUACUUUUCAUCUCAUGGUAGUUAUUUGUUCUCAUUUGUUUGCUGUAAAGUAACCGUUAAAUUCUCACUGACGCCGUUAGCCUGUUAGCGUGCUAGGCUGCAGGCUAGGCUAGCUGUGCAGUGGGCUCGUGUUUCCGUGCGAUUUGAUAUGGCAGAUAGCAAACUCGACAACACUCGCCACCACUGGAGGUAUUUUCCCAUUUACCCCUGCUGAGUAACACAACUGCUGUUAUCAGGACCUGGCUAUUAGGUUAAUUAACGUUAGCCAUCACGUCUGUUGCUGAAGUAACCUUAGCUAACGCCGCUGCUAGCAAAACUGUGGCCUGGAAUGGAGCCAGGCGAUUUGCGGGAGAGCCCCGCCGGGUCCGGGGAGUCAGAUGCGGGGGAUUGGAGGGAGGUAAUUCCCGGUGGGGACGAGGAGGUCAAAGCUGCCGAAACUAAUGGACCAUCACUAGAAUCGGCGCUCAGAGACACAUGCGAGGAGGGUGAAAGCGAAAAACAAAAAGGAGUGGGAGAACAAAUACACAGCCCCUAUGAGGAAGAACUGGACCCCAGGAUCCAGGAAGAGUUGGAGCAUCUCAAUGAAGCCAGUGCAGAAAUCAAUAGACUAGAACUGCAGUUGGAUGAUGCCAGAUCAGGGUACCGGAAGAUCCUCACAGAGUCUGCCAGGAAGCUAAAUGCUCAGAGCUCUCAGCUUGGUGGCUGUAUAGAGAAAGCAAGACCCUACUAUGAAGCUCGUCGCCUGGCGAAAGAGGCACAGCAGGAGACCCAGAAGGCAGCUUUGAGCUACGAGAGAGCGGUCUCUAUGCACACGGCGGCCAGGGAGAUGGUCUAUGUGGCAGAGCAGGGUCUGAUGGCUGACGGCAAGAACACCCUGGAUCCCACCUGGCAGGAGAUGCUCAACCAUGCUACCUCCAAGGUGAAUGAAGCCGAAGAGGAGCGACUCCGCAGUGAGAGGGAGCACAUGCGUGUCACACAUGCCUGCCAGGAGGCCGAGGCACGGGUUCAGAUGCUGCAAAAGUCCCUCAAAAGAGUCAUUGUGAAAUCCAAACCUUACUUUGAGCUGAAGGCCCAGUUCAACCACAUACUGGAGGAGAACAAGGCCAAAGUGCUGCAGCUGGAACAGCAGGUAGCCAAAGUGAAGACCCGCUACUCCAUCGCCUUACGCAACUUGGAACAAAUCAGCGAGCAGAUCCACGCUCAGAGGGGGAGGGACCAGGCUGAGGGAGGAUGCACCACUGCCUGCGCCGGGCGGAGCCCCCCUGUUGGAGCUGAGUCCGACACCAGGGUUAAGAAAGAGGGUGGAGCUUGCGGCGGCAGCAGUGCAAGGGGGACGGAUCGAGCGGAUGCAGCCCUCGACCUGGAGAAAUACAAGGAGAAGGAGAAUGAAAAGGAGAGGGAGCGGGCGGGGUCGGAUUCCCUUUCGGUCUUCAGCCUGCAGACCAUUGCUUCCGACUUGGAGAAAUAUGACUCCAUCGAGCACCUUGGGGAUCUCAGUGACGUAGGGAGCGUAACUGGGGAUGAGGGGGAGAAAGAGAGAGGAGUAGUGAUAGAUAGAAGGGACAAGCUCUCGGAACCAACCGCCAAAGAGCGGCAGCAGCAGUUCUAUAAGCAGCACCACCGAAGCUUCAGUUUGUGAAGGUGUCGUAGAUAUGAAAUGGCUAUAAACACUGCAAAUGUGUGAGUUUAAAAAAAAGUACAAAAUAGGGUAAACACCCCUAACACAUAGGUACCAACCAAAGUAUCAGAUAGACAAUUAGCUGCAAAUCUAAAACUGGAGUGAUGCAGUUGUAGGUGUAUGAUAUGAUGGUGUAAAUAAGCACACGCGCGUUGACUGACAACACAUUAUUCUAAAGCUGACAUUGAUCAAUAGUUAAUAUUGCAGCCUAGUUAGAACACUACUGGAAUCUAAAGCGCUUUCAACCCUCCAGGACAAGUAUACUGUAUAUUCACUCCGUGAGGGAUCCUGGGUAGAAUUUGUUCCCUGAGCAUGAAGGAACAGCGAAGAAUGAUCAAAAGCCCCGUCUGAACAGACAUGUUUAGAAAGGCAUCAUUUCUUACUUUCCCAGGCUAAUCGUUGAUCUAAUUUGUUGAGACUACUGAAAACAAAACCCUCCAUUGCCUCCCCCUCCGGUCGCGUCGAGUCUUAUCAGCGAUUGCUUCAAGGUAGAGGGGGUCGCUCCACACACACAGAGAUCCACACUCCACCCGCAUCAAGUUAGUGUGCAGGGAAAAAUGACAAAAACGAUUCUCUGUCAGUGCAGAGUGAAAGCAUGUUUGAAUUCACAUUUCCUAUAUUUAUUUCCUGUAACAUGCUGCAGGCAGUGCUUUGUUAUUUUUGGCACGAGAGAAUGCGUUUUUUGAAAAUUCCUGAAAUGGUGAAUGGAUGGAAGACGAUAAGGACUCUUUCCACUCCGACAGCAUGCACUCCUAGUUAGCUAUCUCGACGGACGUUAAUGACAUGUAUCCAGGGCUAUAUGCUGAGACAAAAACUGACAUAUUAAAGCUAAGAUGAUGAAGCUGCAGCCAUGUUUGUUUUUCUUAGUAUGUCAUUAUGCUGUGGUCUUAUGGUGCAAAAAGCCUUUUCCCCAAAUGUAUAAUAUUUGGAUAUUGUUUACAUUUGUGUAAGUGGAUUUCUUUGGCAGCGAUUUCUCUUUUGUUGCCUUUUAAAAAACUAACUUGCCCGUGUUGUAAUUUGAAGUGUGCCUUGACACAGAACAAGUAACAAAUUUAGCAUGAGGAGCACUUUGCUGUUAACUGUAGUUCUGUUUAGAACCAUUUAAAGAACAAGCGUGCGCCCUGUUAUGAUUUUUUUUAAAAGAAUGUUUUAACAAUCUGAUUCACCCAGGCGCCAUUUUCCGAUGAGACUUGAAGAGUUUGUUUUGAUUUCUGUUUUUUAUGACAUUGUACUUUGUCAAAGUGUGUGACGCAAAGCGAUGAAGUCAAGAAAUGACUUGUAAAUGUAUGUAAUUACUACAAAGCUGGAAAAUAUUGACAUGUACAGUUACCACGUGUUUCCUGAUUUGAAUGUUUGAUGAGUUUGUUGUACAGAUGUUCUGCACAGUUUGUCAUGUGUGUAUUUAAACCAUUAUUGUCGCAGUUUAUCUGAAACACCUCACCUUCACUCCUGUCUUAACAGUUAGUUCUCACCCUUUUAACGGCAUUUGUGAAUUAGUCAGAAUGUCACUCUCAGAUUUAUGCAUUGCCAUAUCUAUAAUCAAUAAACCAGAUCAUACUUCUUGG